AUGGAUGGAUCUUCGGGCAAAAAGAGGAGACGAAGCAUCAGUGUCAACGAGUAAGUUUACAAUGUAAUAUUGUUUUGCUAAUGCUGAGGGUAUUGUAAAAGAAUUAUCAUACGGUUUAUAUUUAUGAAAUCAGAUAAAUUGUUCGCAGCUUAAAGUGUACUGAAAAUAGCUGGGCUCGAAAGAAAGCCUCGGUAUAUUUUGGAACUACUGCAUUCGUGGUCUAAAUUUAUUGGCGCGAUGGCUUGCAAAUUUAGCUGGUAAUUCACGGAAUGAAUUGAAGAGAUUUCACGAGGUAUCUCUACAACAAACAGAUACUGAUCAUGAGCUAAAUUUUAGGGAGUUUUCAACGCUAGCGUGGUAAACUUUCAUCUGUAAUAUUUAUUAUCAGCAGCUUCAAACUAUUGGAGAGAGAACGUAAAUUACACUUACAGCUGUGUAUUACGCUCGUUAACGGAUCGGAAGUUGUCUUGACGGGAAUGGCUGUGGGCCAAGCUUUCCUCCUGGUUGUGGCUUUCCAGUGUUACUAACCCGUUUGCUCAAACAAUGAGGAAAUUUUGAGACAGCGUUAUAUAAUUAUUGAGGAUACGAGGCAGCAACAUCAACUGAAGUGAUGCGAUGAAAUUCAUCCAAUAACAGACCGGUUUAUUUUCCGGUGUGAAUUUCACGUGUUUGGCACGACAUCAUAACAUUGUACAAAUUUUUGUCAUUAGCGACGAAAUUGUUUGGUUUGCACUUGUUUAAGAAAUUGAUUUAUUGAACUGUUAAGUUAUAGUUUGUAUGCUAACAUAAAUAGAUAAUUAUAGAUUAUCUAUACUUUUGCUGACAAUAUACAAGUGCCUGUGUGCAAUUCACGUGUUUGACACGACUGUAAAACAUUUUAGGAAUUUCUGGCAGUAGCAAAGAAAUUUUCGGUUGCAAUUCGUUGUAAAAAUUAAAUUAAAUUUAUAGAGUUUUCCGAUUAAACGGAAUUGGAAAUACUUUUUCCGAAUUAGAUGCAAGGUGGUGUUUGAUUUAAUUUGCACAUUACAAUUGCAAUUGUUAUUCAUAGUUUAAAGGUAGUUAUUAUUCAUUCAAAAUAUUUCCCCAAUUCUGAUUGGCUAAAAGCACACGCAUAAUUCACCAUAACCAGUCACUGAUGACCACAUUUGGAAGAAUUAUAUGUUUAACAAGGAAAUGAUGUCAAAAAUGCAGCCCGCUACAGAUUAAGGCACCGUUACCAAGAAGACCUGGGGUAAGGGUUGAGUUGUUUUGGUUGUGAAAAAAAAAUGGCGGACAUUUCACUCGUUUCAAGAGUAAGAACUACAGCUAGAACUAGGCGAAAUAAUGUGUCACUGGGUGGCAAAAGUUGUUUUUCUCAUACAAAUCCUUCUAAUAUUAUUUUUGACAGCAUUGCAAUCGCUUCUUUUGAGACAUAUGGCUGAAAGUUUACAAGUUACCUAAUUUUAAUACCGUAUCUAUUUGAUUAAGUGCCCAACCUCUAAUUUAUUAUUAGUACCCACCUUGAUUAAGCACCCAUCCUAAAGGCAGAAAAAGUUAUUAAGCGCCCAGCCUCAAAUAAGUGCCAACCCCUCCCCCUUCCACUCAAACUCAAAUAAGUGCCCACAACCAAAACCCACCCCCCUUCCCCCUCCCACCAAACAAAAGUGAAUACCGUAAGUACUAAUAAGAGACUUUCUGAAGAUGGAGUUUUCUUCAGAGUAUUUUACAGAAACCUUGCUUUGUUACAUCUUCGCGUUUUUCUAUUACCAUUUAUUGAUUUGUUGCAAAAUAUAUAUACCACACUUGCUGAAAAUUGUGAAAAUUUCAUAAGCGCCUAGCCUUGAAUAAGUGCGCACUCUCAAGGUCCAAAAAUUUAAUUAGUGCCCAGGGUGGUUAGUCGAAUAAAAUAAUAUGGUAUGCUCUUUUCCAUGCUGAUCAGCCGGCGGUUUGUUCUUCUUAGCUGGUUUAAAUGGGUGGGUAGGGGAAAAACCUAAUUUGAACUCAUGAUCACAUAAUUCAAUGGGUUGGGAGAUAAAGAAUUCUGAGAGGCAAACCCGGCUGAAACCAUUUUCUGCAUAAUUAUUAUUAUUUCAUUUUGAUCUACAACAUAUGGAUAUUAUUUAAUGUAUCAUGUGUUUGCUUGUAAACUUUGGUGAUCUUUGUUGUUUUUUUGUUUUAGAGAUGACAGUGACACUGAGACUAUUGAUGGGGAAGGAAGGUACAUGUAUUAAUUUGAUCAUUAAGUGGUUUACUGUGACAUAAGAAGAACUUUGACUAAUGUCGCUUUUGUUUGUUUAUAUUAGUAUGAAUGUGCAGUGAUUUUGUAACCUCUGCAUCCUGCAUCCUGGAUGCAUAAAAAUCUCCAAAGACGCAAAAUAAUUCAUGGCAUGCCUCCCAUGGGAUGCAAAGAUCGAUUGAUCAAUCUGAACAUGUGUAUUUGUAGAAAUAUCCUGUUCGUGUAAUUUAUGUGGCAGUUAUUAUGGCUGUUGUUGAAUGAUGCGUAUUUCUUUUAGCCUUUCUUGUGCUUUAAAAUAGAAGGACUGUAUUUUAAUUUCGGUGUACUGUAAUACAGAGUUUUGCAGUCUGCCUUCAGAUUAACUGUCUGGUUUCAUAAAGUCCCAAGCAUUUUCAGUUUUAGACUCUUUUUUUUAACUGGGACUCAUUGGUUCUGGACUGGGACUCACACUCGCAGUCACCAUAACUAUUUUGUAACAAAAUCACAGAAUGUGAUUAUCAUAGUACAUGUAACUGAGAGGGAGUUCAUAACAAAACUGCAGUACAGUUCAUUUUUGGUGAUCUUUUUCCAUUGGGUUGUAAUGUUAAGCUGUUGGCCCUGUCUACUUCCUCCUUGCAUGUCAAUAAGAAGAUCAUGGCCAGGUUUUUCAAAGCAGGGUUGCAAUAAACCAGUGUUAGUGCCAAGUUUCAAUUCAGAUUUGAACGCUUAAAAGGCAAAUUUAGUUUAAUUCUUUUUGCCUGCAAUGCAAUGAUGUGAUGCUGUAUAAAGAAAAGAGAAAAUUAUGCAAGAAAAUGCUUUUGAAAAGAAGAGCAAGAAACCCAGAUUAAAAUUUAAUUUCAGGUUGGGGCUAAUAUAAUCGGCCUUUGAACAACUUGGCCCAGGACAUAAAGACCUAUGAUGGCCCAGGACCAUUGUAUUUUUGCACCCAUAUAGAGAGUCAAAUAAAGGGAGUAAAGAAUGGGAGGGACCAACUGUAGGUGCCUGUUUUAUAGAGGUAUCCAUCUUAUUGAGGUGUCCAUUAAGAGAAAGCCGACUGUAAAAAUGAAAGUGUUAUUUUUAUUGCUUGUUUCCUUAGGGAUGGAGAGGAUGGGAAGAAAGGGUGGCAAAAGACCUACACAAAGUGAGUUUUUAUAUAUUGUAUUUUUAUAUACUGAUGAAGCAAAUAUUAUUCUAUUUAUUUUAUAAAUAAUGUUAAUUUUAAUUAAUUUCAUAAAGCUUGCUUAAUAAAAUUAUUUAGUGCACUGAUUUAACAUUGCUGCAGUUAUUUUUUUAACACUUGGUACAAAGCAGUACCCAGGUUGUUACUGAUUUUUGUUAGUGAUUUUUUUAUUGAUGUGCAUGCUCAUAAUAAGUUAUUUAUUGUUUGGUAAUAUUAAACACUCAAAAACCUUGGCAAUAUUAUUCUUGGCCAAGAAAAAGAGGAAAAUAGUUUUUUUCGCCUUGAAUGAAUUUAAUUCUCAAAAGUCACUCAUGUGUAUGUUUACAUUACUGUUCAACAGGCAGAAUCACAGUGAGAUUGAGAAGAGACGUCGUGACAAGAUGAACACUUACAUCAAUGAGUUAUCCAGUAUGAUACCCAUGUGUAAUGCCAUGUCACGCAAGCUUGAUAAACUAACGGUACUGAGAAUGGCUGUGCAGCAUAUGAAAACCCUAAAAGGUGACUGACAACAUCCCCUUAUAGGCUAUGAAAUUCCUCUUCCUCUUUGCUGCCUCUCUCUCCCCUCCCUCAUCUCUCUCUUCCCGUCCCCACCCCACUCCCAUCAGCUGAUUUGCUUACGGUGAAGAAUUUGAACAGCCUCAGUUAAUUGACUAAGUCAUAAACUUUUUAGCUCUAAAGAAUAUGUCAAAUCAAGAUAUUUCAUAAAAGAGCCUUCAUUGUGUAAAAUACCAAAAAGAAAAUAUUAUCAUUUUAAGAGAAUUACCAAUAAUUAAUCCUCCUCCUGUACCACUGUAGACUCAAAACUGUCACUUGCAUGCGUAUGUACAUUUUUAACAUAUUGACUUUGAGAGUGAACAAAGUUUGGAGCUUACACUGUCAUAGUUUGAAUAAAGUAAAGAGUUCUUUUGCCACGUAUUUCAAGGGGAAGAAUGGUAGUCAUGAUCAAUUUUGGCUGGGAAAGAAAUUUAUAGAAUCACAGAUACAGUGCAUGUGACUGCUUCAGUUUGAAACAAACAGACGUUUUGUCAGUUAAGUGUGUGGUCCUUUCUAAGUGGCGAGAUUGAAAACAGUUUUUCACAAACAAGUGAAUAGUAGCAUUUUCUCUUUAAAUGCGAAAACCUUCAAGCUAUAAUGUCCCGGUUGUAUUUUCAGGAGCCCUAGACCCAUUUACAGAGACGAACUACAAACCAUCAUUCUUGUCUGAUGAAGAUCUAAAGAAUCUUCUCCUUGAAACAGCAGAAGGAUUUUUAUUUGUUGUUGGAUGUGAUCGGGGAUGUCUACUCUAUGCAUCGGACUCCAUUCAGAAUUAUCUUCACCAGUCUCCUGUAAGUCAUCCUUAAUGUCGUUGUCUCUUUUAACUCUUUUGCAUCCUGCUAGAAAUGCCUUUCUUUCACUUGCUUGAUUUUGGCGUACUUGAGAGAGGCUCUGUAUGAAUCAAGUAAGAUGGAACUAUUGCUGUUUGUUGCUGGGAUACAGUCAGACCUCAAUCCUAACAGCUGUGCUAGCUUGGUACAAGGGGUUUCAGUUUAUCAAUAAAAGGUUGCUCACACUCAGAAAAGGGUUUGAUGACAGAAAAUAUAAUAAACAGAAGUUCAGGCUUUGGUGACUCAAAGGCUUGACUUAAAUGAAGAUAAUCAUCCUUUUUUCCUUCUCACUAAAGAAGGCUCUGCUCCCAUGCCGACUCUCUUGAGAUCAAGAUUGUGAAAAUGGGUAAAAAAAAUUAUGAAAUAUGCCUUUCCACGAUGUGACAUGCCAGGUGUAGUUGUUAUGUGUUUAAAGCUUGUUUCUUUUUAGACAUCUUUGUAACACCAUGUAAGAAAAAAAUUCUGUUUUAGAUUGGCUAAAAAAGGAAAACUGCUGUGUUGGAAAUAAAUAAGCAUUUAAUCAAAAUGAUAAUAGACUUUCUUCCCAAGGGGUGCUGGUGCACCUGAGUUCCUUACUGAUUAGCCCUUUAAGCCCCUAGAGUGAUCAGCAUCAAAUUUCUCCUUUUAAUAACUAUGCUUUGUAAACAGGGUGGUCAUGAGACUUAAAGACAUGAUCACACAAGAUGAUUAUGUGUUUGAUAUCUUAUGAACUUCUUCCCACUAAUUCUGUAGGAAAUGAAUGGGGGCAACAAAUGAGAAUUCAAAUUUUGAUCUUAUGGUAUAAAGGAUUAGAGGGUAUCAGGAGGAGGCAGGGAGGGGAAAUAUUAAUAAGUGGGAGUUUUUCUGGUAUUGUUAAGUUUAUUGUUCUUUUUGGGCUCAUUCAUUGCUGCAGACCAGAUAGUAAACUCCAUUUACAAUUCUGUUCUAUAAUACACCCUGUUUAUUUUCUUCUGCAGUCUGAUCUGGUGGGGCAUAGUUUCCUUGAUCUUAUCCAUCAGAAAGACAUCAGCAAAGUCAAAGAACAGUUAUCGUCAUCAGAUUCUACACCACGUGAAAAGCUAAUUGAUGCUAAAACAGGUCUACCACUCAAAACAGAGAACCAACCAACUCCAACUAGAUUGUGUUCUGGUGCUAGGAGGUCAUUCUUUUGCCGCAUGAAAUGUGGACAUAAAGGGUCGAAAUACAAAGACAAUAAUCAAGAGAAUGAGCCCUGCCUCAUGAAAAGAAAAAACAAAAAUAAGCAAUCCAUGCAAGCAGAGAAGAAACCUUAUGUUGUAGGUGGGUACACAUUAUAUAUAUUGAUGAUGAUGAUGAUGAUGAUGAUACUGUCAACUUUCUCUAAGACUGACACCUUUGGGCCCGACACUAAGGGUCUGUCUCUGAGUGUGUUGUCCGUCUUAUAGAGAGCCAACUAAAAGGAGUGAAGAAAGGCAGAGACCAACUCUAGGUGUCUGUUUUACCGAGGUGUCCGUCUUAUAGAGAGCCAACUAAAAGUAGUGAAGAAAGGCAGGGACCAACUCUUGGUGUCUGUUUUACCGAGGUGUCCGCCUUAUAGAGAGUCAAAUAAAGAGAGUAAAGAAAGGCAGGGACCAACUCUAGGUGUCAGUUUUACCGAGGUGUCCGUCUUAUAGAGAGUCAAAUAAAGGAAGAAAAGAAAGGCAGGGACCAACUCUAGGUGUCUGUUUUACCGAGGUGUCCGUCUUAUAGAGAGCCAACUAAAAGGAGUGAAGAAAGGCAGGGACCAACUCUUGGUGUCUGUUUUACCGAGGUGUCCGUCUUAUAGAGAGUCAAAUAAAGAGAGUAAAGAAAGGCAGGGACCAACUCUAGGUGUCAGUUUUACCGAGGUGUCCGUCUUAUGGAGAGUCAAAUAAAGAGAGUAAAGAAAGGCAGGGACCAACUCUAGGUGUCAGUUUUACCGAGGUGUCCGUCUUAUAGAGAGUCAAAUAAAGAGAGUAAAGAAAGGCAGGGACCAACUCUAGGUGUCAGUUUUACCGAGGUGUCCGUCUUAUAGAGAGUCAAAUAAAGGAAGAAAAGAAAGGCAGGGACCAACUCUAGGUGUCUGUUUUACUGAGGUGUCUGUCUUAUAGAGAGUCAAAUAAAGGGAGUAAAGAAAGGCAGGGAUCAACUCUAGGUGUCUGUUUUACCGAGGUGUCCGUCUUAUAGAGAGUCAAAUAAAGGGAGUAAAGAAAGGCAGGGACCAACUCUAGGUGUCAGUUUUACCGAGGUGUCCGUCUUAUAGAGAGUCAAAUAAAGGGAGUAAAGAAAGGCAGGGAUCAACUCUAGGUGUCUGUUUUACCGAGGUGUCCGUCUUAUAGAGAGUCAAAUAAAGGGAGUAAAGAAAGGCAGGGACCAACUCUAGGUGUCUGUUUUACCAAGGUGCCUUUCUCAUAGAGAGUCAAAUAAAGGGAGUAAAGAAAGGCAGGGAUCAACUCUAGGUGUCUGUUUUACCGAGGUGUCCGUCUUAUAGAGAGUCAAAUAAAGGGAGUAAAGAAAGGCAGGGACCAACUCUAGGUGUCUGUUUUACCGAGGUGUCCGUCUUAUAGAGAGUCAAAUAAAGGGAGUAAAGAAAGGCAGGGAUCAACUCUAGGUGUCUGUUUUACCGAGGUGUCCGUCUUAUAGAGAGUCAAAUAAAGGGAGUAAAGAAAGGCAGGGACCAACUCUAUUUCCUUGGUCUGUACUCUUGUAUAUGUAGACUUUGGCUCUGAGUAAUGAGCAGAUAGGAAAUGCGUACUUCAUUGUCUCCUCCCAACCAUUAUAAUUACAACACUUAACUUAGUACUAAUUGCCAUGCUUGACUUCUUACUAAUUAUUGCAACAUUUAGCUAAGAAGCAUUUACAAAAUUAUUUAAAGGCUGGUUCCUUAAAAGACAUUUAAAAUCUUGAACAGAAUGUCUUAAUUUUAAAGGAGGUUGUACAUGCAAAUUGUUGCAGAGCUUUAUGGUAAUAGUAAAAAGUUCUUUUUCUGGGGGCGGUUCUGAAAGGAGGGAUGUUUAGCUUUUGGUAAUCCUAGUGUUCAUAAAUUAUAAAUUGGGAAGUAAGAUAUUGAGGGGCGUUACCGGCCAUGCAGUUGAAGGCCACUAUAGUUUGCAAAAUCUUUCAGUUUUUGUAGAAAACAUAUUAUUUAUGUAGCUCUCAAUAAUUUUGUUUCUCUGCUGGUUUAGUUCAUUGCACAGGAUAUCUUAAGUCAUGGCCCCCUUCAAGCAAUUCAUAUGAUGACGAGGAUGAAGAAAAUGAAUCAAGAAAUCUCAGCUGCCUUGUAGCAGUGGGAAGACAAGAAAUAAUUUAUGAUGAGAUGACUGAUUACUCACAACCAGGCAUAGCAAGAGAGUUUAUUUCACGGCAUACAAUAGAUGGAAAAUUCACAUUUGUUGAUCAACGGUCAGUGAAAAUAGAUAGAUGGUAACAAUUGUAGUGUAUUAAAUUUAUUAGAAAGUUUGGUGAUUAAUAUUAGUGUUAAUAAACCUUUUUUUGGAUUUUUGUAAAAUUUAGAACAACAGCCAUAACUGGUUUUCUGCCCCAGGAAAUGAUAGGUUGUUCAGCCUAUGAAUUUUUCCAUCAAGAGGAUCUUAACUCCAUUGCUGUAACACAUAAAAAAACUCUGCAAGGAGAGACAGUAACGACACAACCCUACAGAUUCCGAUGCAAGGGAGGACACUUUGUUCCCCUGAGAACAAAAUCAACAGCUUUCAGAAAUCCAUGGUCAAAGGAACUGGAAUUUAUUGUAUGUAAUAACAUGGUCAUCACGUGAGUAUGACUUUUUAAGUUUUCUUUGUUAUCAUGAACUUAUUGUGGGAAAAUAAUAAUUUGCCUUAAUUGUAAUAUUUGACUGUGAAGCAAAGGGGGAAUUUCACAUUACAUCAAAAAACACCAAGGCUUUUACUCCAUGCAUCCCUUAAGUCUACUGAUAAAUAAUUUACUCCUGCCACAGUACAAGGGAAAAGGUCUUUUCAAAAUGUGACAUCAGGAGGUUAAUUUGUAAAAUUGCAGGAUUUUAUAUUAAAGAUUAAUGAUUUUUAGUACAUGUAGGUGGAUAUUUUUUAAUGGCAAAUUCACAGUAAAAAUAAAUAAAUAAAAUACCAGUAUCUUAGGAAUGACUGAUUUCACUUAGAUGCUAAUGCAAGAAAUCUGCAUAAUCUGGAAUCUGCAUCUGCUGAUAUAUUAAUAUAAUUUGGAAGAAGAAGAAUUCUAAGACUAAAAAGCUCAGAAAAAGUUCGAGGCUCCAGUCAUGACCCUCCGAGUUCUAGUUCGGAUGCUCCAACCACUGAGCUACUAGAGGCUAUAUGGCAAGCAGGGUUGAAAUUUAAUCAUAACUACACCAGUCAUUGCGGACUGUAUCGGGAACUUGCUCAAACUCGGCCGUCCACCAGCUUACAAGACCAAGACUGUAAGCUUAGAAAAAAUUCUGAGCUCCAGGUGAGAAUUAAACUCACUAACCUCUGAGUUCUAGUUUGAAUGCUCUAGUCACUGAGCUACUAGAGGCUCUAUGGUGAGCAUGGUCGCCAUAUAUAGGUAAAUUGCUGUUUUGUGCCUUUUUGUUUCCCCCCCCUGAUGUUUUCUUUUGUUCGUAGGGACUUGGAGUCACUUGGUUUACAGCCAACAGAAAUGCAUAGUGUUCUGCAAAUUACAGAUGGUAUGUCCUCCAGUGACAGCCCAGCGCCAACUCGUCCUUAUCAGUCUGGGGUACAGCAAGUGGUGGAAGUGCUUAGAAAGAAAGCACUCAUGGAUCCAGGUAAAAAUUAUAAGGCCUAUGUUCACAGUUGGUGUCUAAAAAAUAGUGCCUGAGUACUGGUACAAAAAUGGUGUUGUGUUCACGCCUUAGCGAGCUUAAGCAACAAUGACGGUGACGGCUACGAAAACGUCACUUAAAAAAGAAGCCGCACUGCUUCAAACUUUAUCAGGCUUAUUCUGUCUUGUUCAAUUUGCCAAAUGUUGGCAAUUUGUUCUAGAGUUGAAGUUUAAAGACUGUAUGGAAGUUCAGGAAAAGAAAAAGAAAGUCAUGUCAUCGUCUUGUGUUUACAUCCUCCACAAAACGUGAAAUUAGGCAUUUUCACGUCGUAGUCAUGCAGUGAAGGCAAAGAAAUGUACAAAACAGGGUGAUCACAUGCAAAGUUGUUGUUUUGCUAGUCUAAACCUAUUGCUUUUUUGCUGUUCUCGUUGAUGUUGCCAUCGUCAUUGCUUAAGCUCCCUCUUGAAAAUGUGAUGCCCAUAAACUGACACUUUUACAAAUAUAACCGCCCCCCCCUCACCCCCACUUAUAAGCACCCCACUUACCAGUUAUAGGGUCAUUUACAUUGUACCUGUAAACAAAAAGAUAUCUCCAAUUAUAGUAAGUCCCCCUUCAAAUGUAUUGAAAUGAAUUUGAUUUAUUAUGAUGUUUUCAAUUAAGCGCUAAAAUGUUAAAAGUAAAUACUGUGUAUUUUUUUGUAGCAAAACCUGCAGCUAAAAAUAUUCGUCCAAGCAGCUCUGAUGGUGAUGGCACAAUGCCAACUGCUGGAGCCAGUCGUAUUGGUGCGUUAGUAGCGGAAGAGGUACAAACCCAGGAGGCACAUGACAGGUAUAUAACAGUGCUUCUACUUAGUUUGAUUUUGAAGUGUAGAUUAUUUGUAUUUUUUAAUACCCUGUUCUAUAUUAAGCACUAUGCUGAUCAGCUGUCUGGGCUAGAUCGUAUUUCUUUCUGUGAGAGGUGAUAGGGUGAUUGAAUUACACAUGCACCCCAGUCAAUUUUUUUUAGACUUAUGCAAUGGAUCUUUCAGUUUAUUUUUUUAGUUUUUGAAGCACUACAGUACGUAUGGCAAAGAGGUGUUGUCCUUUGCAUAAGCAUUCGGAAUAAUGAAAUAUUAUGGUAGCUACAUUACUGUUCAAAAGUAGUGACAGCAAAGUCUGCCAUUAAUUUUUGUCCGUUGUUUUUGCAAAAGUUUGCAAAGUGUGGUGCAAAAUUUAACUGAAUCAUCCAUGAACUUUUGUCAAAUUGUAGUUAUCAAUGAUAUUUUUGCAACUGUUUUAGUGCAUAAACUGUUAUUUAUACUGCAGUGUGCAUUACACUAUGAACAGCAACAGAAUAAAAAUAUGCUCCUUGUUACUUUGCAGGCACUCCAGCUCAAGAGGCCAGGGAACAAAUGAUGACAUCACAAUGGACAUGCCAGGUGUUAUAGGCACAAUAAAUAUGGAUGACAUUUCACUUAAUGCAUCCAGUGUUUCACGGUCAUCAGUUGUAGGACUAGGCUCGCGCUCUUUGCUUAUGGAUAACCAGCGACAGGUGUCACAAGCGCAUCUACUAGAGCAGUUAAUUGGAAUGCAGAAUGCUAUUGAGUCAAUGGAAACACCCAUGGAACAAAGUGAAGAGACAAUGUCUGUUUUUAUGAAUAUGCUGGAAGCCGACGCUGGACUCGGAGGCGAGUUUUGAGUGUUUUUUAAUUUAAGUGGUUAACUAGGUAGGUUAUGUGUACAGGUGUAAGGUUGUUUUUUAGCAUACUGACAAAUUAUCAUUAAAAUAGUUUUCCCAGUUUAUUGUCAGCUACUCAUGAAAACCUUUGUUAACUGUAACUUAGCCCUACCAUGUUAUGGUGAGAUUAUUAAGAAUAUUAAUUUUGUGACUUUAACGUAAUCUGUGGACAAAAUUGUAUGAUGUUGCCAUUCAAAUGAAAACUCUUUUGCAGAACUUUUGUCUAGUAGUAGUAUUCUAUUUUUUCAGGAUUUUACUGAAAGAAAUUUGGACAUUUUUUUGAAGCUCUUAAUUCAGUAAAAGGGUUAACCUGGAUUAGUGGCAGAUUUCAAAGGCAGCUUCACAUAGCCCACAUUCAACUCUUGCAGUCCCACAGUAAACAAUACCGGUAACUGUAGUCUUGCCAGAUGGCUGUAACUUUUGAGUCUUUGCGUGGACAAAAUCCUUCACUUUAGUGUUAUCAUGGUGCUAUUUUUCUCAGCAUUCUAUGCAACAAAAUUGGCCACAUCUGGGAGAAAAAGGCCCCUUAUAAAGACUGGCUUUUCAACUCGCCCUCCAGUGAAGUUCCAUUAAGGAAGGUGUUGCCUUUUCUCACACUUUCCUUAACACUGGCUGGAGAUGGUUGAGACCAGAGGUGUCAUAGGUCAGCUCUAAAUCCCUCAAAAAGGUCUUCUGUAAAUGCUUGAAUUAUUUGCCCCCUUUAACACUUUUGGCUAAAAAUAUUAUUUAAGAAUCCUCCCUUAUAGUCAAGCCAGGUCAGGCACACCCCCAUAGAUUCUAUGAAUAAACUGAUUACUUGAAAAAUUGAAUCCGUGAGUAGUUGCUGCUACUCUGAUAUCAAAUUCAAAUCUGCACCCUUCUAUUCAUAAUGAGCAUUGAAUUUUUGUAAUAACUUUUUUGUAUUUUCUCGACUGAACAAUCUUUCACACUUUGAAUAGAUAGAAAUUAAUCCUUCUGCAAACUUUCAAAUUGAGUUCAAAAAGACAGAUGAGCUGACAAAAGUUUUAACUACCUCACAUGUGAAUUCACUGACAUUACAAUGUAUGUAUUCAAUGAUGAAAAUGACAGAAUCUGUUAUUGAAAACUACUAAUUCUGUACAUUCAAUUUUCGAGAAAUUAAUUUAUUACUAGCAUCUACAUGGGUAUGCUUGACGUGGCUUGACUGUAACACCCUUCCUUACUAGUAUUAUAUGGUAUAUGGUACCUUAAUCUGCAGUGAAUAUAUCAGCAGUAUAACAUAUACAGUUACCAGGGAAUGACCUGGCCAUUUGAGCAAGUCUCAUGUUUGGAUGUUAUCGUUACAUUGACAAUAAGGCUUGGGGACAGCAACAACAGAAUGUUCAAAAUCAAGAAUAUGCACCACACACACAUUUAGGUAUACAAUGAUAUUUAUUUUUUAAUGUUAUAGUUUUCGUUUAUUUGAAAGAAAGACCUUCCUCAAAUAGUGUCUAAACUAAAAUUUUUAACGAAUGAAAUAAUGUUCCCAUCAAAUCAGUGGACCCUCUCAAAUCAAAUUAUUAAGUAGGCACCCCAGACCUGUGAUAAUUCAAGCAUUUACAGUGCCUUAAAAAUUAAUGGGAAAAAUGUCUCUUUCAUUGACCUGCAUGGUUAGAAAUGUCUCCAGGGUUGUCACUAAGAUUUCAAGUCUCCGGGUAAAUACAACAGGUAGGCGGGAAUCAAACAGCUAGGAAUUUCUUUUGGUUCUAUUUUUCUUUUAUUUUCCUUUGAAAGUAGCCGGGGAAGACGUUCAUAGUAGCCGGGGAAAAUCCCCGGUCCCCGCCUCUUAAUGACAGCCCUGUGUCUCUGAAUCAAGGCCUAAACAUGGACUAUUUUUAUUCUUGCUUCAAAUGACAAAUGUAAAUACUAAAGUAAUAAAAGAAAGUAAAAUGCAACUUAAAAUAGUUGAACAGUAUAUUAAUGAGAAGGUUUGUAAGAUUAAGAAAAGAGUUACUAUUCCAGUGGAACAACAGGGAAUCUCAUAAAACAUUAUUUAAAAUAAUUUUAAUGUUGUAGAUAGUAUUCUUUAUGUAUGAAAAACAACAACAACAACGUCAGCAUGUUCUAGAGAAACUGUUGUGAAC